AUGGACAAAUUGAAAAAGGCACCAAAAAAAAAAAAAAUAUGUGCCAAAAAGAAAGCAGAAAGAAUUGCCCAUAUAAAGGAGCUAAAAAAAACAAAAAAAAAAAUAAUAUCGGAACAAAAACUAGUAGAUGAACUAAGCUCAAAAAUUAAUGAUAUAGACGCCAAUGUAUUUUUAGGAUAUCAUGAUAUAAAGAUAUUAAAACUGGAAUUAAAAAAUAAAGAAAUUGAAUUUGAAGAAAAUAAAUCACGACAACUGUUAUCAUCCAGAAAAAUUGAAAAUACUAUAAAUAAAUAUGUACUAAAAUGUUAUGAAUCCUUUUUAAAAUCAUUAGAAGAAAAUGAAAUGGAACUUCAUGAUAAGUUUAAAUCAUUUCAAGUUGAAAAAGAAAGACAUUCAUCAAACAAAGAAUACAACAAAAUAACAAUAGAUGCAAAUGUAGAUCACAUAAAUAAAAUGAGCUCCAUAGUGUUGUCCCAAAAUGAAAUUAUAAACGAAAUUAAUAAACGGUUUAUGGAAAAUCUUAAAAUAAUUAGACAAAAUUAUUCUCAAAAAAUUAAUACGGAAAGAGAACAAAAUGAUAAAAAAAGACAAAAAAAUAUUUUCAAUUUACAAGAAGAGAAAAAUGAAAAUAUCAAAAAAAUUUUAAUAGAAUAUAAUGAGAAGAUUAUAAAUAUUCAAAAUUAUUUUAAAUUAAUUUUGGAUGACCAAUUAGAAAUGAUCUAUCAGCUUGAGGUUGAUGAAAAACUUUCAAAAAGGAAAAAUUUUCUUUCAAAAAAAAAAAAUUUAGAAGAUUUAAAAAGGAAUAUAUGCUCUAAUAAAAAAAUACUAAAUCAGUUGGAAAAAGAUAUAUCAUCUUUACAAGCCAAUGCAGUAGAUUAUGAACAAUUAAAAAUUAACUUAAAACGAAUAAAAGAAAAAAGAAAAAGACAACAAAAAGUUUUAACAGAUUUAAAAUUAGAAACGAAUGUGAAAAAAUUACUUUUCGAAAAAAUAUCUAAACAAUAUGAAGACCUUUAUAAUCAAAAUCGAUCCAAGUUAUAUGAUCGAAUUCAAAAAAUUUUAUUAGAGAACUACUUUUUGGAAACAAAGAUUAAAUUACAAAAUGAAACCCUCGAAAUAAAUACUUUAGAGCUAAACAAAUGGAAAGAAUCUGUAAACCCUGAACAGAAUGAAGUAAUUAAUAAUGCGUUGGUUGGUAUGUUUCAAAAGUUUGAAGUUUUGAAAAAGGAGGUUGAAGAUUUAUUGGAUAAAAAUGAACAGAACAAAGAAAAUUAUGAAGCAAUGAUGCACCUUAAUUAUUUUUCCAAUGAUGAUUUGGAUAUUAUAAAAAGAGAAAAUAUAUGA